CGAACGACUGACAAUUCGACACCGAGAUCAAUAAAGCAUCAUACGUCCCGUUGGCUUUCUCCGUCUCUAACCUUGCUCGACUCACUUAAGCCGCAACGCAGUGAAUUUGAAACGGCCCUCGUAAUCCCGUUCUCUUUUUACAUUAAGCGGAAAUCCGUAUCUUCAUUCCAUUAAUUCGGCGUGCCCGUUUCAAUAUUUUUUCCCUCCGUCGAGUCGUCGUUCGAGCAUUUUCCCUCAUCGCGACUGGUGGUCGCGGAGACUUGUGGACUUUAGCCGCGGUGAUCGUGAAUAAAAAUUGUUUCGUAAUCUUUUUUCAUCGAGCAAAAAACCUGCAUCUUUUUAUUCCAGUAGUUGCGCGUGUCUUCAAUAUUUUUUUCUCCGUCAAGUCUACGUUUGAAUAUCUUAUCGUGACCGGUAGUGGUAAUUUGUGAACUUAACCAGCAGCGACGCAGUACUCGCGAUUAAAAACCGCUUUUUCCCGAUUCCCGAAACGAAGUUAAUUUAAUUUAGGACGAUGUUCGAGUGGGCGUACGAUGGGGUGAACAGCUCCAUACCGCGCAACGUCGGUCCGGAAUGUGCGAAUUACCUGACGCUGAAGCGACGGAUAAUAGAAACCCUGUUUAUAUCCGUAUUUAUUAUAUCCUUCAUCGUAUGGGGCCUCAAGCGAGUAACUUUGCCGAGGAAGCUGGCCUACGUUGGCCAGGACCGUGUCGGCAGGCGAGUCCUGCUGAUUGUGAUGUCGCUAGUCCUGGGGAUGGAGAUCGGCUUUAAGUUUACCAGCAGGACUGUUAUAUAUCUGUUAAAUCCAUGUCACAUUACGACGGCAUUACAGUUGUAUUUACUGGCUGCGGAUCCUAGUCCAACAGUCACUGCUAUCUUCAGGAUACAUCUGAAUCUGUUGAAUGGGCCGGUAUUAGCUUAUCUAUUUCCAGAGACAGAGUCUCGGAUUAUAUUUGCAGACAAAGCAAUGUACUAUAUUCAGCACGGUUUGAUGCUAGUAAUACCGUAUUAUUUGUUGAGGAUUGGAGGUGUAUAUAACAUUGAGCCCUUAUCCGAUAUGAGCUGGUCAAUCCUCAGUUACGGCCUUAACGCAGGAUAUCACUUUUGGAUUCUUCAAAGUGUUGCCUUGCCUGUACAGGUGAAUCUUAGUCAUAUGUUGUGCGCAGCUGUCUUGGAUCCGUUUGAAGGUCAAAACUAUCGAAUAUGGGCAGUGACUCAUCAGCUAAUACUAUGUCCCAUUCUGUGCAAGCUGUUCUGUUACGGUUCCAACUUUUUCCUAACCAAGUUUCCGCUGACUAGGGUUAAGCCGUCGCUGGAGUGCGCUAUUCCAAAGAAGAAUUGUACAUACGAGCAGAACGAGAAGUUACACGAAGAGUCUAACACCUCAGGGAACGGCCAUACGCAUUUCGAUUAAUUUCGGAGGAAGAGAAGAGGAAACUAUUAUUGUCUUUAUGUGUUUUCAACACACCUCGUCUUGAUUGAGUGAGUAUACAUUUAGUAUUGCAGCGUCAAAGGUUUAUUCGAGAAAUGAUACUUAUGGGUUUGUAAUAUUUUUACAUAAUGUGCAUUUGCGUUAGUAAUCGCGCAGAUAUUAGUCCUAUCGUAGAUUGUGUAGGUACGUAAGAACAUCAGGUUUUUCUUCCUUGCAGACUGAGACAUAGACUUUAAUAAUUAUGUCUGUUGUGUCAUCUUCUAAAUAUGGUCUACAGGGAAGCUUAAAAAAUGGGAGAUAGGAAAAACUGACUUCUACCAGGUUUAACAAUUAAUUGUAUUUGCAGUUCGCAACUACAAACGAUCAGCAUAUUUUUACUAAAAACUUUUAUUUGAGAAAUAUUUAAAGAGACUUUUAUUUUUCGAGAAUUAAACUCUCACACAUAUAUACAUACGCAAGAUAUACCAAAUAGAUAACUUUAAUCUUGGUACAAUCGUUGUGAUCAUAUUAGUUUUAAUUCGUUAGUCCAUGAUACCAAACGAUAAGAAUAGUCAAUUUGAAAUAUAAAUUUCUGUCCAGAUGCUUAUCAUGCCUAACGCUGUGCAUAGAUUAAGAAUCUCAAAGAGAGGCUUAAGCUGACGUUCAGUAACUAACAGUGGUUAAAAAUAUAAUUGCAUCUUUUAUUAGAUAAAAACGCGUUGUUAAAAAAAAAACCAUCUUAUGCGUUUUUAUAUUCGUUUUUACUUGCGCAAUAGAAGUGAAGAUAUUCAAAUAACGAAACUGCAAUAUUUUAUCUAUGUAUCAUACGUUAUAGGUAGGCAGCGAAAGUUCACGAGGUUUCACAGUGAAUCUUCUUAGUAGCACGGUCUGAGAUACACUAAAACAGGCCAGUUGUCCUAACGACACAAUAAAAUAAAAGAAGCUUUACUUGCUUUAACUUAUUAAAGUCAACAACUCAUUAAUUCGUUAAUGUGUUUUAUUUUUAUUUUGGAAGAACAAAUUUUCUUGUAAGGUGAUUUUAAUGAGAAAUUUAUAUUCAGAAGUUU